AUGCUCGGCUCCUCUGACUCCGUCCUCCCGGUCUUCAUCAACCCGUACGCCUCCGUCAACAUCAAGACCCACAUCCCCAUCAAGCUCGACCUCCGGCUGCCAAACUACAACAAGUGGAACGUCUUCUUCACCGCCAUGUGCGGCAAGUUCGACCUUCUAGGACACAUCGACGGCACCAUCACGUCCCGUCCGACUGAUCCCACCUGGAAUCAGCCGGACGCUUGUGUGCGCAGCUGGAUGUACGGCUCCGUCUCCGAUGGGGUUCUUGACCUCGCCAUGGCGCCAGAUCAGACCGCCCGUGCUCUCUACACGGCUAUCCGUGAUCUGUUCCAGGCGAACCAGGAGCCGCGCGCCGUCAUCUUGAACCAGGAGUUCUCCUCCUUGUCUCAGGGUGACCUUCCCAUCGAGGCUUACGCCUCGCAGCUGAAGCAGACUGCCGACGCUCUUCGCGACGUCGGCCACCCCAUCUUGGAUCGCCAACUGGUGCUCAACCUGCUGAACGGCAUCAACCCACGCCUCGCCAACACCGCCGACAUCAUCGCCAACACGAGGCCACUACCGACCUUCACCGAGGCAGUGAACAUGCUUCGCCUGAAGGAACUUUGCCUCGCCAACGACAACAAGACCUUAGAAGCGGGCGCACCGUCCUCGCCGCUUGGGCCCGGCUCCGGUGGGGCGGGGGCGCCGCCGCCGCUGCCCGCCCGGGCGGCCUCCCACCUCCGGCUGGCCCUCGCGUGGCUGGCUGCCGGCCCGGGGCGCCGCCGCUCGCGCCUGCCUGGCCCGCUGGCGGGCUGCCCUUGCAGCUGGAGCCUCGGCUCCAGUGUGGCGGGCGGCGCCGCCACCGGCCCCGGGGCUCAGCCCUGCUUUGGGGCAGCCUGUGGCCUCGUGGCCGCCGCCGCCGUUCGGUCCAGGGCGGGUAUUGCGCCUCCGGUGGCCGCGCCGUCGUCACUGUCGCUCACCCUGUUGCUGGUUGCCGUUCUAGACGUCCGUGCCUUGGGGUCUGCGGCCGGCCCUCCGGCGGGCUCUUCUACGCUUUGCCGUUCCUCGGCCUUUGGCUUCGGGGAGGGUUCAGGUGGAGGCGAAAGCCUAGGUCUGCUUGCAGACCAAUGA